GCAUCCUGACGCCUGUGCGCCUGCGCUGCGCCCCAGCGCCUGCGCACUGGCGCCCGUCCGCCCCUGGGGCCUGACAUCAGCAGGAUGGAGCCGACCCUUUAGCCUGAUCUCCAGGAUCCGCCCCCUCCAGGGACGUCAUCACAAACUGGGAGCCCGCUUCUGUGUGACGCCAUAAAACCCGAUCCGCAUCAUGACGUCACAACCCUAGCCCAGCUCCCUCAUUUUCUCGCUCGGCUCCUUCCUCCGCUCCCGUCCGGCGGGGACAUCGCGAUGAGGCGGGAUCGCGGCGCUAAGCCGGCCCUGGGUGGAGCUGGCAAGGUGGAACCAGGUGGGAUGGCAGCCUCUCCCACGGGCCGUCCCAGACGGCUCCAACGCUACCUCCAGAGCGGCGAAUUCGACCAGUUGCGGGACUUCCCCAUCUUUGAGAGCAACUUUGUGCAGGUGACUCGGUUGGGAGAAGUUGCCAACGAGGUCACCAUGGGGGUGGCAGCCUCCAGUCCAGCCCUGGAGCUCCCGGACCUAUUGCUUCUGGCCGGCCCUGACAAGGAGAAUGGACACCUGCAACUCUUCGGGCUGUUCCCCUUGAAGUUCGUCCAGCUCUUUGUCCACGAUGAAAGCCGGUGUCAGCUCGAGGUCAAGUUGAACACCAGCCGAACCUUCUACUUGCGACUGCGCGCCCCCCUCGAGACCCGAGACCGGGAGUUCGGCCAGUGGGUGCGGCUGCUCUACCGCCUGCGCUUCCUCUCCGCCUCCGCCGUGCCCUUCACGCAGGAGCACCAAGUGCUGGAGGAUGAAGAUGAGGAGGGCGAUGACGAUGAGGUGGAGGCCCAGAGGGAGUGGAAGGAGCCCCAAGGCGUGGAAGCCAGACUUGACCCCAAGACCUCUGAACUCUGGGGACUCUGAGUCUUCCAGCGUCCUUCAAGGUCACUGAAUGACCAGAGAUCAAAGUACCUUGCCUCAGGGCCAGGCAGAUGAGAUAUUAAAGUUAAUAAAGGUCAACCCCUUAAGAACCAACAA